AUGAAUCUCAGCCUAAGAUUGCGCUCGUCGAGGUAUAAGCUGGUCUGCAAGAUGAAAGGCCACCAUGACGCAGUGACGGUGUUAGCUAUCUCAGAGCACGGUGUGCUUGCUAGUGGUGCUCUUGAUGGCAUAAGGCUCUGGUCGUUGCCUGAAGGAACAACGAUUCCCAUCCCUCAUCUGGGUCCGGCCACGCGUGGCGCCAUCUCCGCUCUGACUUGGGUCACUUUGGGCGAAAGCGACAAUGACCUCUUGAUAUUUGGGACGACAUCCGGGUUUGUGGGGAUCUGGCUUAGAACGGAUGGUCGUGGCGCCGUAGACGUUGUCGAGGAAGUAGUUAUCAUGAAGAUCGGACAGGGGGAGGAGAUUACCGGUCUGACAACAGUAAAGGACGCUACCGGUGGAUGUAUUGUUGCUCUCUGUACCUUGGGCGGAAUCCUUCAGCUUUGGGUUGUGGAUGCCGCAGCUCAUAUGACCUCCCUCUUCUCGAAACAAUUGGACAUCGUCCCGAAGACAGUGAGCUUCAGCAGCACCCGAGACCGGCUCGUAGUCUUUGGUUCGCGCUGCGGGACCGUUCUGACCCUAGAUGGCGUCUCAGGAGCUCUUAUAUCUCGGCAGACGACAAGGCGAGCUGCCAUUGCAGGUGUUGCCGUGGACCAUAGCAAGGAUAUGUUCUUGAUGGACAAUACCUGGGAUGGUUUCGACCUUUUCUCAAUGUCGACUUGUCGUUGGACGCGGAGUUUCCGUACGAAGGAUUCUCCAUUGCAAUCUUCAAAACAGGUCACUUUUGCUGAAUGUGGAGAUGUCGUUGUUGGGGGUGAUGACGAAGGCAACUUUCACGUAUACACUACUGCCGAAGGAUCCCUCCUGGAUGUGCUUCAUCAGAAUCGACCGGGAAUGAUACAGACAGUCACGUCUCAUUGGACCAACGGCCGAUCUUGGAUUGUCGUGGCCAGUUCUAACGUAGGCAGAAGAAGUACGAUCUGCCUGUGGAGUCAUCAUGGGGAGGCCGCAGCUCAUAUUAGCUCUGAACCCUCCACGGAAUCUCCCGCUGUUGGAGACGGUAUUUUGCGUUGGGUAAUGAUACUUGCGGCUGUUGCGUUCGUCGUUCAGAAUUCGUCUUUGGUAAAGUCUCCCUCGAGUAUCCUAUUAUAA